GUAGGACAUACAAGAGCCAACACAUUUGUCCCGUACAUGACGUCAGAAUGUAAGAGCGGCUCAAAAUUUCAAAAUGUCCUACCUCACAUUUUUUGUCGCGGCAAUACUAUUACUCGUAAGCCAGUCGCAAGCGAGACGGAGUGAGGCACUUAAGACUUACUGUUAUGGCGAUACAUAGACGUGACAUAGACAUUCUUACAAAAGAGAAAAGACGACAGACAGAUGUGAUUUGUGCCUGUGUUUCCGUGUGUGGGUCAUUCAUACGGUAGUCUACGGACGCGUUCGCGUUUCGAAGAAAUUAUGAAGAAAUUUUGAAUUACAAAUAAUUAUUUUGCAUUUUCUAUCAUUACAUUUUCUGUUAUAAUUAACAUUCAUAUAAAAAAAAUUACUCACCAAUUCAAUUAAUGUAUACCAACUUUAAAUAAUAAUUAUGCUUACUAAAUAUACCAACAUAAAUAUUAAUUGGAUUAUAUUACCCGGUACUUGUACCGAAUCGUAAAUCUAUGUUAUUACCAUAGAUAAUAAUGGCCUGUAAAGCAAUCUCAGGUUGUGUAGUCUAUGAUAGCCCUGCAAAAUUGAGCAAUUUAUUAGAAAUUUGGUAAACUUUUAUUAAUUCUCUAUAGACGAAAUAAAUUAAAUAGAUGAUUAUUAAAUAUGUGCAAGUAAGUGUUUAUAAUUAUUAUGUUUUAUGUGUGUUAUGUGUGACAUUUACGAAGACUGUGAAUAAAAAUAUGCGUUUUUAGAACGAAAAUAAGUUUUAUGGAUAGCAACCCUGAGCUCAAGCUUGGCGCGGGCGCGCGACAGUUUAAUUUUGAAAUUCGAUUUGAAUUUUGAAUUCAUUUCAUAAACGUCCUUCUGAAAGUUUGCGUUAGGACCUGCGAAAGUUUAUCGAAAUAGUUGUGAAAUAAAUUAAAUAGGUGAUUAAUAAAUAUAUUCAGGUAAGUGUUUAUAAUUAUUAUGUUCUAUUAAUGUAUUUUAUUAUAUAUAAUUUGUUGAUUUGGCUUUUAAAUUUGGUUUGGGUCACAUUUGUUAUGGUUUAAUAUAUCUAAUAAUUUUAUUUUUACUUUCUUGCAUGCUCUUUGAUGCAAUUUGCACAAAAGAUAAACCUAAUAAAAUUAUGUGUGUAUUUAAGUAAGUGUGGUUUACUUUUAUCAAAUAUAAAUUAACAUUGACGGUUGGCCACAAAAGCAUUUUUGUUGCAUUUUUUUGUUGAUAAAAUUUGAAUAAAGGAUUAAGCAUUAAUAAAAUUUUGGGUGCUUGUAACAAUUAAUCAAGUACUCAGACCAAUCGCACUAUUAUUAUUAUUAUUAUUAUUAUUAUUUUAGCCUGGUUAUUUAUUUAUUGUAUAUUACUAUUAUUUAUAACUUGUAAGUUAUAAACACAAGUAUCACUAUUAGCUUAUUUUAUUUAAUAAACUGCUCACUGGAGAGCUAAGCCAUCGUUCGAAGCGAGGAUAUGGAGCUUAGACGCACCCCGCCACUUCUAUGAGGUUUGGCGGGCUUGAAAUUUGAAUUUGUAACGAUCACUUUCAAAUAGUAAUGCUAAGGGCCGAGAUCGAUGGCUUAAAGUACUCUCAUCACCAAUUUCCCAAUUCCAAGCUGAGAAGUUUAUUGAUUUUUUUUAAUUUAAAGUAAAAAAAUACUUAAUAAUUAAUUUUCGUUCGACCCAAAACCUCGUGAUUACAGGAAUUAAUAAAAAAUAUAUUAUUUUCACUACUCUUGCUCAAAAACACUGUCAUAUUACCACUCCACAGCGGGGUUAAACAAGUAUUUCAGCCUCUAGGGGCUAAAGUAAUUUUGUUUUUUUUUUAAUUCUUAUCUGUUACGAGUACUAGCCAAGCACUAGCCUACUAUAAAACGGAGGAGGUUUUAUUUGAAAAUAAAAUAAUUAUAGGUAAGGCCCUGAUUGAUUUGAAAAAUAAAUAAAAAACUUUAAAUGGAAUGAAAUGCAGCGUUCUUGUCUGUGGAAUGCGUUCAUUUUUUUUAUUUAAUUUCUAUUGAGUUGCGAAUAGAGCGAGAUUUGAAGAUAUGGGACAUCCUGUACGGUGUAAUACCUUUGCCUUUAUCUCAUGUGAAAGAAAAAUACAAUUAAAAAGCGAGAAUUUUAAAAAUAAUAUUGCCGUGAAUAAAUAAUCCAUACUUGAUUGUUUUAAAGAAAUUCAUUGUGAAUUUGUGACUGUAAUUUACAUGUUUCGCAAAAUUAAUUGUUAUGUCUUUAUCUAGUGAGAAUAGUGACCCUAAUUUGGAGAUGGAUCAAAAAAGAUUUACAAAUGAAACACCUACUUACGAAAAAUUUAAUAAGUGGAGAAAAGAACAAUUUCGUUGCAUUCACUUACGGAUGGUGUUUUUAAAACAAUUGUCUCCCAUGUUUACCGCUUAUUCUCAUUAUUCAACUUCACAGUAGUCGGAAAUUAAUUUACCGGGUACAAGCAUCUCCCCUAACAUCCAAAGUUGUAGCAUUUUGUACCUACAUUUAAUUUUCAAAUAAAAUGAAACAUUGAAUACUGUACCGAGCUAUUUUAUUUUCUCGCAAUCGUAGUGAAAAUAAUUGUAUCAUAGGCGGGGCUAAACCCAUUAUAAACUCGGUUUCUAUUUAGGCGGCCCUCGCCUUCGGCUCGUGCCCUAAAAAUACCUCGUUUAAAAUGGGUUUUUUUAGCCCCUUGUAUAACAAUCUACUAUAUUUAUGAUAUUUAAUACUAUUAUUUUGCUUUUUUGCAUGUGUACGUAGGAUGUUUGGUGGAGACAGAAAAUCAUCAAAAGCAUGGCAGUUUUUUACAGACCUUAAAAACGAUAAAGCUAAAUGUAACUUUUGCCAAAAAGAGUUUUCGUACAAAGGUGGCGGUGCUUACAACUUAAUAAGACACACAAAAAGCAAACAUCCUCAAGUAUUUGUCGCAAUACGCGAAUGUCCGCAUGAUGCAACUGUUCCAAUAGCUUCCUCUGCCACAGAAGUUCGCCACUCCACAACAACUACCAAUUCACCCAGAAUUGAACUUCAGAUACCCGCUGCUUCCACGUCCACCGCUUCUACAUCAUCUGGUUCAACUGCUAUCGUACCUAAAGCUUCUGGUUCCUUACCCAUACUAACUACCACCAGCACAAGCACCGAUCUAUGUAAACCAAAAUGCCUGACCACUAACCCAAAAUUAACUCAAUUUUUCCAUAAGCCGCUGUCAGCAAAAAAAACAGAAUAUUUAAAUAAAUUACUAGUGAAAGUUUUUACAAAAAAUUUCUUGGCGUUCAAUCUUAUUGAAUCUGCAGAACUCAAACAAUUUAUAAAAGAAUUGAACCCAUCUUAUCAACUACCUAGUCGCAAGACAUUGUCUAAUGCUCUAUUAACAAACUUUUAUAACAAAACUAAAGAAAUAGUGAAGUCAGAAAUCAAUAAAUCAGAACACGUGAGCAUAACAACUGAUGGCUGGACAUCCGCUCCCAACGACAACUAUAUUGCUGUAACAGUACAUUUUUUUAACCAACAGGCAGAAUUUAAAUCAUUUUUACUAGAAUGCAUUCAGUUUUCCGACAGACAUACCUCAGAAAAUCUAGCAGAACAACUUAAAACAAUUACAGACGCUUGGGAUAUUACAGAUAAAAUUGUCGCAGCGACUAGUGACAAUGCUUUUAAUAUUAAAGGUGCAAUAAGAUUAAAUAAGUGGAAGCAAAUACCUUGUUUUGCUCACACCCUCAACCUCAUAGUUCAAUCCGCUUUGAAAGAAAUUAAAGACAUCACCAUAAAAGUUAAACAGAUAGUAGAGAUAUUUAAGCGCAGUCCACUGGCAUGUGAAAGAUUAAGAAACAUGCAAAAAAAGCUAGAGGAACCGAUACUAAAACUGAAACAGGAUGUAUCCACUCGUUGGAACUCCACGUGCGACAUGUUCCAGAGAAUUAUUACGAUAAAAAAUAGUGUUAUGUCCACCAUUGCAAUAGACUACCCCGAUACUGAGAAUAUUACCCUGGAAGAUAUAAAGAUUUUGGAAUCUGCCAUUGAAAUACUCACAUAUUUUAAAGACGUAACUGAGGAGAUGAGUGCCGAAAAAACAGUUACGAUAUCUGAGGUUAUACUUAUAUCAAAAGCACUGAAAAAAAAAUGUCAAAAUUUUUUAUCAUCGGCGCAGCCAGAAAUUGUAAAAAAAAUGGCUCAAGUGCUAUUGAACGAAAUGAACUCCAGAUUUCAAGGAAUCGAAGACAAUAACAUUUUUGCUGAGAGCACAGUUUUAGAUCCUAGGUUCAAACAAUAUGGUUUUGACAAUGAAUACGCCUACGGGAGGGCGUGUACAAAUUUAAAAGCCAUGGCCGGGCAAAUAAAAACGUCAAAUUUAUCCCUAGUGGAACAGUCACACACGCCACCACCGCCGAAGUGCAAAAAAAGCAUAUGGGAUGAAUUUGACAAAGAAGUUGGAGAAAUAAUGAAGAAUACCAAUCCGACGGCAGGAGGUAUUAUCGAGGUAGAUAAAUACCUCGAGGAACCCCUACUACCAAGGUCUCAAGACCCAGCCAAGUGGUGGUUCAAAAAAAAAGACGCCUAUCCUAGGCUUUAUAAACUUUUUUUAAAGAGGCUUUGCAUUGUUGCCACUUCUGUUCCUUCCGAACGCACCUUCAGUAAAGCGGGCCAGAUCAUUACUGACAGAAGGAACAAGUUAAGUGGUAACAAAGUAACACAAAUUUUAUUUUUAAAUUCCAAUUUGUAAUUUUGUUUAUUAUUUUUUUAUUAAAGACUUAAAUAUACUUGGCAUAUUUUUUAUUUACUUACGAACACAAUUUCGGUACUAUGUUAACAAGCAUUUAUUAUAAUAUGAUGAUACAUUUAUUCAUAAUAAGUUGUUUUACAAUACAUUAAAGAAAAAAAUCAGUUCAAAUUAUUUUUUCUAUUUUGCUAAAUAAAACUUUAACCUGUAAGAUUUAAGGUUUAUUUUUAAAUGAGACAAGUCAGCGAUAUAGUGACGUAAUUAUUGUACUUAUUAUUAUUGUACUCAGUUAACAUCGGUCGGUACAGUGAUCACGCGCGCGCGGUUUUUGUCUAAUUAAUAUUGUGAUUAUAGUGGGUUUAUUGAAUAUUUCUAUAGGUUGUGAUAUAUUAAAUAAAUCUAGAGAAUGUGUGCUUCAAAAUGGUGCAUAGAAUAGUGUCUGUAUUGACUGUGAAAGUUUUGUCUUCAAAUUUGAUUAUUUUGCGUCGAAAAACGAAUGAUCGUUUGGUAAGUACCUAUAUCUAUCCAACUAGCAUGGGCCCCCGUUAAAAUGUUUAGCAAAUUAAUUAUAUAUAAUACAAGCAAUUAAAUAUAGAUAUCCCCUUAAAAAUACAAUUCGGGCCGCUAUGUUUAUAUACAAUAUUCACAGUCUUUCUGUAGUGUAUUUAGUAUCAGGAUUGCACCCGAAAGAAGCCACUAUUCCAUUAUAUGAAUGUAUGCAACGGUUACAAAUAUGACAUUUCUAGUCGUUACUUCAAACGAGUACAAUAUGACAUUUGUACUCGUCAGUUCGUCACUUCAAAUGUAGUGCCAAACGCCAGUACGCCUCGCCUCAUUCGAAGUGGGACAUUGUACUGCCUCGGUACAAAAAAGAGGCAACACUU